ACAAAAACAGUAGUCAAGAAAGAAUACAUCCAUUCCAAAACCCUCGUACAGCACCAUGUGUAUAAAUUCACCUGUGUGCAGGUUCCUACUCGAGGGUUGGUGUUCAUGAACAACAGUCGUUACCAAUUCGAAGCAAUUUCUACAAUUUGUUUGCAAUUAAUCGUCUUUCCUCUUUCAAUAUCCAAUUUUUAUCAGUUCGUGAAAACCCUAACCAGAUCUUCACCACUUUACAUCACCACAUACAUACAUAAAAAGAUCGGAAAACGGAAGACUUGUAGUAGAAGGGCUGAAGAAUAGCUAGCAAUGGCGUCAUACAUGAGCAUGGGAGAUGCACACAGAAGGAUAACAGAGUAUUUGAAUCGAUUCGCCGACGUCGUUUCGUACCAAGACGGCACAUCUCUCAAACAACUUCUUUCGCUGUCCUCCGAAUCUCCAUCUUUUCUCGCCCUCGCCGAUGCCCUCAAUCUCUUCCAGGAUGCUAACAGAUUGAUCAGACAAGCAGACAAGUACUCUCAGUAUGCUGAAAUAGUCUCUCCUUUAUUUCGGGCUAUGCAGAGUUAUAGGGUCAGCCAUUUUGCUGAAUCAUAUCAAGCAUUUGAAAAAUCUUCCAAUGCUUUCAUUCAGGAAUUCAGAAACUGGGAAUCAGCAUGGGCAUUAGAAGCUUUGUAUGUAGUUGUAUAUGAAAUUAGGAUUCUUGCUGAGAGGGCUGAUAGAGAAUUGGCUUCAAAUGGAAAGACUCCAGAGAAACUAAAAGCAGCUGGAUCCUUCCUUAUGAAAGUGUUUGGAGUUCUUGCUGGAAAAGGACCAAAACGUGUUGGAGCACUUUAUGUCACUUGCCAAUUGUUCAAAGUUUAUUUCAAGCUUGGAACUGUUCAUCUUUGUAGAAGUGUGAUAAGAAGCAUUGAAACUGCAAGAAUAUUUGAUUUUGAGGAAUUUCCUGUUAGAGAUAAGGUAACCUACAUGUACUACACUGGUCGCUUGGAAGUGCUCAACGAAAAUUUUCCAGCUGCUGAUCAUAAAUUAUCGUAUGCUUUAUCACAUUGUGACCCUCAAACUGAAGCAAACAUAAGGAUGAUUUUGAAAUAUUUAAUACCUGUGAAGCUUUCGAUAGGGAUCUUACCUAAAAGAACACUCCUUGAGAAGUAUAACCUGAUUGAGUAUAGUGACAUUGUGGUAGCUAUGAGGAGAGGUGAUUUACGCCUUCUUAAGCAUGCACUUGAAGAGCAUGAAGAUCGAUUCUUGAGAUCGGGUGUAUAUCUUGUUCUUGAGAAGUUAGAGCUUCAGGUGUAUCAACGAUUGGUGAAGAAAAUAUACUUUAUACAAAAGCAGAAGGACCCUAGUAAGGCGCACCAGAUUAAAUUAGAAGUAAUUGUUAAAGCAUUGAAAUGGCUUGAGAUGGAGAUGGAUUUGGAUGAGGUUGAAUGCAUAAUGUCAAUAUUGAUAUACAAGAAUUUGGUGAAAGGGUACUUUGCUCACAAGAGUAAAGUGGCAGUUUUAAGCAAACAGGAUCCAUUUCCCAAAUUAAAUGGCAAGCCGAUUAAUUCAUAAUUAGAAUCCAAACAACAAAACACGGAUCUUACUUUUGAGAGAUUUCAGAUAUGUGCAUUUAGGCAGCAUUUAUAACAAACGUGUAUUUUAAAAAACUACUUUAUAAGAAGAAUUAGUUGAGUUAGUUUUGUUUGAAGAGGAAGGUAGAAAUUGCAGCUUACUAUUAUAAAUCUUGUAAUUUAACACUUUAUUGAUGGGAUUUUGGAUUUGCUUAGUUUUGAUAAUGAGGCUUGUUGUUCCAUUCCAUUUUGGAACAAAAGUUUUGUGG